AUGAUGCUUCUGCUGCUACUAUUACCGCUAUUAACUCUGUCUGAAGGUCUAGACGAGAAAAGGACAUUGCGACUUCGACACAAGCUUCUGGGCAACUACAGCCGAAACGUACAACCUUCAAGCUCUGAUGAUGACGGUGAUGACAGACUCUCAAUCACGCUGGGAUUCUGGCCCAUGGCCAUCGUGGAACUGGACGAGAGUAAGCAAGUCUUCACAUCGGUUGGAAGCAUCGUCAUGAGAUGGUUAGAUCCGGAUCUGGCGUGGAACGAGAGCGAGAUCUCGGAUAUCGGGGAGCUGAUUCUUCUUAUAGAUGACGUGUGGCUGCCUGAAUACACGAUCCUCAACCACGGGGAACGAAUCUCGAGUCGGUCGCUGUUUUCGAGAGUGACAGUAUUGAACAACGGUACCGUGACGUACGAAAUAACCGAUGUGUUCAAAACCAUCUGCACCGUUGACCUGACAAGGUAUCCCUUCGACCAACAGGACUGUGCGCUGAGGUUUAGUACGCUAACAGCGAAGUACAGUUUCGUCGAACAGGGGCCCUUCACGUUGGAAAUCACGGGAUACGGCUUUUUCACGGAAACCAAGGAAUGGGUUUUGACGGAGCUGUAUUCCUUCACGAAGACGUCCUAUGGGAUCAGCAAUGUGGACUUUCAUUUCAAAGUCCGCCGCUAUCCGCAGUUCUACGUGACCACAAUCAUAUUCCCGUUCGCCCUGCUUUCGGUGCUCAACUCCUUCGUGUUUCUGUUUCCGGUGGAGUCCGGAGAGAACAUGUCGUACCUCGUGUCCAUAAUCUGUCUUACGCCGUCUACCUCAACCUGA